AUGGCAAAUAGUUCAUUUGUUGAUGAAAAUCUUCAUUUGCUUAUCAAAGAAGAAAAUAUUAAAGUUGAAAAUGAAACAUUAGAUGACGUUGUUACAAUAGAACAUGUACUCAUUAAAAAUGAAAUACCAGAAGAAGACAGCAAUGAAUUUGAUAGUUUAGAAAGUGUAAAACAUGAAUCAUCUGUUCAUGAAAAUGAUCAACAAUUGUUUCAACAUAAACGUAUCCAUAGUGGUGAAAAACCAUUUUCAUGUGACAUUUGUAAUAAAUCAUUUACUCAACAGAGUCCGUUAGUGAAGCAUAAACGGAUUCAUAGUGGAGAAAAACAAUAUUUAUGUGAUGUGUGUAAUAAACGAUUUACUUAUCGACAUAAUUUAGUUACACAUAAGCGGAUUCAUAGUGGGGAAAAACCAUUUUUAUGUGAUAUUUGUAAUAAAACAUUCAAUCAGCAAAGUAAUUUAGCUAAACAUAGACGUAUUCAUAAUGGAGAAAAGUAAUUUCCAUGUGAUAUUUGUAAUCAGGCGAGCGAAGCAAGCCUCUACUAGGUUAAAAUGUAACUUUUUGGUGGUAAACUUUACAAAAAAAAAACAACAAACAAACAAAAGAUUUAGACAUGAAAUGAAAUGUUGUAGUUCCAUAUUUAUGUUUUACUUAAACGUUUUCUUCCCUUUGCUUUUUUUCCUUCAAACUUUCCCGUCAAACAUAUCAUCUCGAAACCAUUCUUUCUGAUUAUGUGACCUACGAAUGAUAA